GGCAACAUUUAGGUUAGAUUGUCAAAAACAUAUAAAAAAUAUCAAAUAUAUUUUAAAAUAUUUUAAAUAUGUUGAAGUUCAAUGGGUUAGUAAUUUGGAGGUUAGGAUCCCGAGCAAUAAUAAGGAAGUAUUCCAGCCCUAGUGCUACAGUAUUCAAAAUAGAAAAAAUUGAGUCUUCAAAAAGCACCUCUGACAAAAACAUAACUAGUCCAGAAACAAAAAUCAGAGAUAAUCCAAGUUUAGUAGCAGCGGCAUUUGCUUCCAUAAACUCUCCAGAGAGUGAGGACAGCAGGAAGCCUAGUCCAAAGUCGGUGAAGCUGAACCGUCACCAGAUAUUAGAAAAUGAAAUUGCUAAAGCAAAUGAUGUCAACAGUUUACUACUGGUUGCUGAGAAUCCUAUAGUUUCUAGACGACAUGCAUUAAAGAUGGUGUCAACCCUAUCAGAAUGGUCUAGCACUAAUAAAGUGAAACUGAGUGACUUUGAGAAGGACCCUCGGUUUUUAAAAUUGUGCAGGAUUCUCGCUCGGUCUACAUCAUCACAAGCUUUAAGCUCUUUGACUAUGGCGGAGGAUUUAAGUACAGUGCUGGGUAUUACAGGGGAUGAUGAGGCUGCAAGGUUGAUUGGUAAUUUAUCAUUGACACAAAUGAUAAAGGUAAUGAAGGCAUUACAUUCAAAGGGCCGUCGCAGCACGCCUUUACUUCGCGCACUCUCUCAUAAUAUUACCAAUCAAUCAGAGCAAUUGGAUCUAAAGAAAUCUGCUGACCUGCUAUUUGCUAUGGCAUCAUUGAAUUUCCCCGAUCCUGUACUAAUGGAUAGGAUAUGCAAUGAUGUAAUAAGCAACCUGAAAUCCAACCAAGACAAGCCAGCGGUGGUGACAUCCAUUAUGGUGUCAUUGGGUCUGCUACGAUAUAGACACGAGGCUGCCCUCUCCGCACUGGCAGAUUGGCUGCAAACUCACAAAGAUGUCUGCCGAGCAAGUGAUGUGGCAUCAGCAGUGGUCACCUUUGGUACUGUGGACUUUGUACCUCCCUUGUCUGAUGGAUUGGUAGAGAAUGCAUUAUCAUUGAAAGAAGAGGAGAUGAUGAAGCCGUCGUCGUGGCUGGACUUAGUGUUCUCUUUACUGACGCUGAGCCAGGCCCGGGAUGAUCACCUGCUGUCCACUGUCAGGCCGGACUUUAUUGAUAAGCUGCUUUCUGCUGGAGAGAUCCCAAUCCCAGCGCGUCGUAAGCUGAUGGCAAUAGACGCGUACAUAAGCCUCAAGUUCCCGCAGCACGGCGCGCGCCUCGCGGAGGACAUCUCUGUGGGCGUGCCCAUCGUUUAUACAAAGGAAAAAGCUCUUUAUGUGCAGAGCAUUAUGGAUACAUUUAAAACUUUGGUCUCAGCUGACGCCUUUAUGAAGAGAGAGUGUUAUUCCGGUAUGGGAUUUUUGUAUGAUGCGGAAUUUGCUCUAAACUCGAAAUGUCAUCCUGUACCGUUAGAAAAAGCAGUGAAUGAUAAAAGCGUGCACAGGAUAGCAGUCCUAGGUCUAGAUUACCACGACAUGACGCGACGAACAGUGGUGCCGCUCGGAGUCAACCAGCUCUACACCAAGUUAUUGGAGAUGAAGGGUUUCAAAGUUCUUCAAAUACCGUACACAGAGUUCAAUCCUAAAGACAAGUUGGUAACCAGAGUGCAGUAUAUAGAAAAGCGGCUAAAACAGAUCGUCAGUAAUUCCUUAUAGUGUUAUCCUCGUCAUUGUACAAAUACACUCGAACCUGCGGGAUUAGACAAAGUGCAUUCGCUCCGAAGAGAUUCCAUAACGAACUUUAAUAAUCUAGAGAAAUGAUAACUUUCGAUAAGUCACGAGAUGUUCGUUAUGGAAUCGCUUCGGAGCGAAUGCACUUUGUCUAACUCCUUUGGAUAGCCGAGAGACCUUUGUAAGCGAGAUUCAUUUUCCGGUCCUGACGGACUCAAGAAACCUCUAUAAGCGAGAAAAACGCGGACUAUUGCUUAUCCAGAUUCAAAGGUUUACAUCAUUUUGUUAGCUAUUGUGAUGUCAUUAGGUUAAUUUUACAAUGACAGAAAACACCAAUGUAACUUUAGGGGUAGACAGAUAUAAUAAAUUAAGCCCAUAAGUAAGUAGACAGAAUACAGACUUUUAUUUGAUUUUACAGUGAAUACUGUUUAUUGUUGAAAAUACUAAACAUAAUUUUGUAACUUAUUAUCAUUAAAAUUCAUUUUAAAUAAAUGUAAGAAUAUUUUAAAGCUUUGAAAUGCUAAAUUCUAGAUUCCUUUAACGACCUAGUCGUCUAUCUGUAAAUAGUGUCAGAUCAAGUUCCCUUGUAAGUUACCUAAAGCUUGCGUUAUUUAAAAAAAACCUUAACGUAAAAUCUUGAAAUCAAAAAUAAUGUGAAAAGUCUAAAUAAUUUCAAAAAAGUUUUUUUUUUUAACAGAAUAUCAGAUUUUUGGAUAGAAAUAUUCUCUGACGUCAUUAAAAUAUUCUGCCGAAGCUUUAUAAUGAUUUAAUCUGUGGUUUAGUAACA